AUGUACAUGGACGCUUGCAGUAGGACUGAGAAGAGGAGACGGAUACCUGUAGACACACCAGAGCCCCUAGAUUUCCACGAGACCUCCAUCGAGUUCGACCCAACCUGCGACCUAGUCGUCGUGUUUCCAGUACCGUUACAGUUAUGCCCCCUUCGUUACAUACCUCAGCUCGUGUUGAGAUGGCAGCUUAGUGAUCCAUUCUACUCUUUGGUCAAACACAGUCGGCAAUUAGAUAUCGUACCAACAGAUCGACCUAUGUCUUUUGCCGAAGUCAGAAGUCUACCAUGGUAUGUGUCCCAUCCAAAAUGUGACAGACUGGGAUUUCCCUCUCAGUCAAACUCAAGUGUGGGAGUGAAGCGAACCCGAGAGCAGACCGAAGAUGAUGAGGAUGUUGAGCAUGAAGUGGAUGGGUUGGACAAUGGUCCUGGUCGGCCACAAGGGAGAUCUCGUUCUCCCUCAAAACGAGUAACACCCCUGCCAACACUGCAUGAAGAAUGA